CAAGUUCGAACUUUACUUUUCCCUAGCAGAUUUGACAUUGAUUUGUUUACAUGAUCAGCGUACUAGGUCUUCAUCUUGUAGAUCGAAUUUUAUUCAAAGGAGCAACAUUUCUAGAUAAAUAAUGUUAAUGCCCACUAGUUUUUCUUGAUUAUGUUUUUUAUCUUUUCGGAAUUUUAAGGCCCAUCAACAAAACCCGAAAAAAAAAAUAACACUUCCGGGUAAUCUUGGUGUGAAAAUGGCAACAGAAGCGUUGAGAAUUGAUAAUCAGGACACAGUGGACGCCCUGAGUGCCGAAGCUGCAAAUCUAAAGAAGAAAUUAGAGGAAGAGAAAGCCAAACUGGCGGAUAUGGACAUGUCUGAAGUCACUAAAAAGAUAGAAAACAUCACACAAUUCAAUAUGAAAGCCAGAAAGGUGUUGAAGGGUCAUCAUGGAAAAGUGCUCUGCAUGGACUGGUCAAGAGACAAAAGGCGUAUCGUUAGCUCCUCUCAGGAUGGGAAAAUGUUGGUUUGGGAUGCAUUCGCAACGAAUAAGGAACAUGCUGUUACAAUGCCAACAACUUGGGUGAUGGCAUGUUCAUACGGACCAACUGGAGAAGUUGUUGCUUGUGGAGGUUUAGAUAACAAAUGUACCAUUUAUCCACUGAGUAUGGAUGAUGACCCAGCCUCCAAAAAGCGGGCAGUGGCUACCCACACCAGUUACCUGUCCUGUUGUACAUUCACCACCUCAGACAAACAGAUUUUAACUGGGAGUGGUGACAGCACAUGUGCAUUAUGGGACGUGGAGAGUGGUCAGUUGAUACAGAGUUUCCAUGGACACGCUGGUGAUGUCAUGAGCAUUGACCUCUCCCCAUCAGAGACAGGAAACAUGUUUGUGUCCGGGGGUUGUGAUAAGGUUGCCAACGUGUGGGAUAUGAGGACUGGAGAGUGUGUGCAGAUGUUUGAAGGUCACGACUCGGACAUCAACAGCGUCAGGUUCUAUCCCAGUGGGGAUGCCUUAGCUACUGGAUCUGAUGACGCUACUUGCAGGUUGUUUGACCUACGAGCUGACAGAGAGGUUAAUUGCUACAAGAAAGAUAGCCUGAUCUUUGGCUGCAAUUCUGUGGACUUUUCUAUCAGUGGUCGCCUUCUGUUUGGUGGAUACAAUGACUAUACUGUUAACAUCUGGGAUGUUCUGAAAGGUCACCGAGUGUCUAUAUUGUACGCCCAUGAGAAUCGCGUCAGUUGCCUGGGUGUUUCACCGGACGGGACGGCCCUUUGUACUGGUAGCUGGGACUACACGCUAAAGAUCUGGGCAUAGUGAACAUCUGAAGUAAAUGUGAAAUCCUGGACAGUAGAAAUCCCUUCCUGUGUCUCUGUCUCAUCUUGAUAGGAGCAUCUCUUUUCCAUCAUGUUUGAUAGGGCAUAAUGUUUUACCACCUUAGUCAUGGUUUGCCAAUUUGUUAACAGUGUAUAGAUGUUCAAGAACAUGUGUACUGUGAAUAUGGUUUUGUGUGUCUGAAAAAUUGUUUGAAAUUUCAUGUAAGAUCAAAUCAGCAGUAUCAUCUAGUCGAGUGCUCGAGAAAGGUCAUUGUCACCUUGAAUGUGCAUGACUGAAUAUAAAUGUAUACUAAAGGGUUCAGUUAGAGAGAUACAUAUUUUAACUUGCACCAUGCAACUUUACUUGCUGAUAUUUCAGAUUUUGACAUGUCUGGGCUUGGAUUUUUAAUUUUUCAAAGAUCGAACCUUUGGAUUAUUUGAUAUCAUUUCAUUAUUUUACUUCGCAUCAUCAAUGCGUCACUUUUUCUUAUAAAAUUACUGGUACGUGUAGGUCCUCUACAAUUUGUACCUGUUGUUCUCUCAAAUCUUUUUUUUUUUACCCCCACCCCCUUUAAGUAUUUUUGAAAAUCAACUAUACUGUAAAGGAGAGGAAAAUUUCCAGAGAAUAAGCAUCACAAAGACUUCAGCUGUCAGUCUGUUUUGUUGUGUAUGUUGUUAGUUUUGUAUUUGGUAAUACCCGCAAUGCUUUUUUAUCUACAGGGUGUUUUAUGUUAAUCAAUAGAUGUUGCUGAACAAUCAGUUCUACUGAAUUCGUUUUGUGUGGUAUGAUAGUUUAUUAUUAUGGUGUAAUGUUAGUGCAGCAAUUCUAGGAAUUUAUUAAUACUGUAAUUCAGAGAGAGAAGACCUCUUUGCAAUUGUUAUUAAAUAUGGCUUACUUUCUGUGGUUUUCUAAAGAUCGUAAAUUAAAACUUUUUACAAUGUUCCAAGCUGUGCUGGAACUCAAGUUGUUGCUGUGAACAAAAAUCCUAUUGUUUUUGUUAUUCUGUGUUCCCAUUUGUUUUUAAUAUGUUGUUACGAUUUGUUGCAAUGAAUGAUAUUUUUCACCGGUAGAUUACCUCUAGCAUCACCUGUUAUAUAGAGCCCAAUGUUUUUAGCACAUUUACUGAUGUAGAUGUUAGUCAUUUUAGAUCUUUUAAUUUUCAAUGGUGCUAUAUUAUCAAUAUAUUUGUUCUAACAGUCUAGUCUUAUUAAAAAAAACAAAUUAUUCAGUUACUAAUGUGCAAUAUCCAAUGUAAGGUUACACUUUAUUUUAAUAUGAGUGUUUGUAUAAUACAGAAAUCUCACAAAAGCAAUUAUAUUCGAUAUAUUUACCAGACAUAUACAGUGUUUAUUCUUUUGUAUGUGCAACAUUUCAGUUAAAAUGGGUUACUGUAUGCAAAAUCCUGUAGCCAUUCUAUAUAUAUAUUCAGGCAUACUAGAGUCUUGGACUACAUUUACCCUCUGCUGACCCUUCAGAUCGACUUAUCUACUUUAUUUACCCCAAAAUCUGACAUUUUAAGGCAUAUAGUGUUUGGUAUGUGUAUCUGUCUUGUCUGUUUGUCUGCAGAAACUUCAACCUUGGCCAGAGCUCUUGAAUGGAUAAACUAGUGAUAGGGAUUUUAUAUCUCAUAUGUGUAUUCCAUGUAACAAGACCUUUCUUUUUGGUACCAAAAUUUUUGACUGUGUGACCUUUACCUUUGGGCUUGACCUACUUUUUAAAAACUUUUACCUUGGCCAUAACUUUUGAAUGAAUGGUAAUAGGGCUUUCAUAUUUCACAUACUAAUUUCUUUUGACUAGAUAGUCUAGAUCAUCCAGAAGUUUGUUUAUACUCCCCUCAAAUGUUUAGAUUCCCUCUUCCAUAUUUUUUUCUUAACUCAGAGCAAUGCUUGUCAAAAUUUUUAUAAAGAAUCUGAUUGGAUUGUUCAAAAUCAAACUCUUGAGAGUUGAAGCAUAAAUUAUCCACUGUAAGAAACACAGAAUCAGUUUUUGAAUAAUUUUCUUCAGGAAAAGAUCUGUUUGCACUCUUCCAUGCCUGACUAUUAUGCAAAUUGAAUGUGACACCUGGGUUGACCUGGUUUGAACAUACAAUAUUUUUUCACAAAAUAAACAAAAUCAGAAAAAUCCACUAAAAUCAAGAGCCAUGUUGUUAAUGUUUGUAACCCUUAGGUAAUGGGGAAGGUUGUGAGAGGGGGAGUAGUCCAAAACUCUGGUGUGUGUUAAUGUAUUGCCUCUUUCACAAUGUGUAUUGAAGUUUACCUUUAAAUUAAUCAUGUGGGAAUGAAACUACUGCAAAUUAAAUCAAUACUGUGUUCUUGCGGCAACUAAUGCACACUAAAUGAAAUUCUUCCAUCAUUGGAAAAUAAUGUGAUUUUGCCCCAAAAUGGCAUUGUCCAAUUAUUUUUCUCUUUGAUUUCACGUCAGUUUAAGUAAUACCAGAAAACCAUGCACCUUUUAAUAGUAAUUUUAUUUUUUCGUUAUUUUUCUGACUUCGCAUUCAUCAAUAUUAAAUUCAAAUUAGGUACAUGGUUAUUUGAUUAAUGCACAUUUAUUUUAUUUAAUGCAUUGAAUUCAAUUCAGAUUACAGGUUUUCUGAGUGAAUGUGAUUAGAAAUUAAUACAAAUGAAGAAAGGAUUUGUUUUGGUAUUGAACCCUUUAUAUGAAUGAGGCACAUGUGGUGUGUUUUAGUAAAGUCAUAGAAAAUUGUUGUGCACAAAACCACAUUUGCAUACCUAUACAAGCAAAGUGUGGAAAAUGCUUAUAACAAAUUAGAAUUGCCAAAUUUUUUAUUUUACUGCUACAUUUUUGUUUAAAUGUAGAAAAUGGAAGACUCUUGUUCCAAUGUGUAUUAAUACAGUGUAAAAUCGUGAAUUGUAAGGCAUUCAGUAUGUAUCUGACUUAUUAGAAAUGUGUUAGAUUCACAAAGAAGUCGCUGUGUAUUUUACUUUUUCCGCAUAAUAUUCAUUUUCAUAUUUUGAAAACUUUUAUGUAACCAAAUGUCCAUUUUAUGCAUUCUUAAACUUGAGAGGGUAUUUUUUCCGCAGUACAAGUUUUAUCCAUAGUAUGAAGAAUUUUUAACAAAUAGUUACAAUGUAAUUUAUGAACAGAAAGAGUUAAGUGCAGUAUAUAAUUAUGCAGUGUAUACAGAUUUUAUGAAUGUUGUGUAUUACAGAACAUUUAACCGAUACAGUGUGUGUCAUUGGUCUGUUUUGUAACCUAUUGCAACAUGUAGGUCUAUCAAGGUCGACAAACCUGAUUCCUUCACUCAGACUCCGAUAUACGAUAGCAAGCAUAAAGACUGAAGUUGGAUUAUUUUUUUAAAAACUAGACUUUAACAUAUGCUAGGACAGACUAAUUUUCAUGUUUAUUAAGAUUGAUGUAAUAGAAACUGCACAUAGUUGUUAUAACUCAAAUAUUUAGAUAUUCUUCAAUAGGGAUUUUAAUUUCAUUUCAGAAUAAUUGUAACCAAUCAUUGCUCAUUAAAAUCCAACUUGAAAGAAAACAAUACCAUAACUUCAGCAAAGUGUUUGUGGGACCAUUUCACAAUGUAAUGUUUAAAAUACAGAUAUAUGUAACAUAUGCAAUUGGUUUCAAGUUGAAAAUACAUUAUUUACUAAUUACACAGAAUUGAUGAUGAAAUUUAGUAUUUUUAAAAAUGAGAUUUAAAUAUGAUAAAAACAAUUCAGUUGACACAACAAUCACAUUUGGAGUUCAUUAAUGCACAGGUUCUGUGUGGAACUCAAAAAUGUCCUCCCAAUAUAAAAUAGAAUUCCUUCUGUCCACCUCCUGUUUGUACUACAAUCUGAUUAAAAGGAGAUCCCCUGAUCGGCUUGCGUAGAUCACUAUACUGGUAUAUAAGCAAUCUACGUAAGCGGAUCAUAGGAUCUGAUUUUAAUCCGAUUGGUUUGUACUAUAAGCCGUGUGUAGUAUGUCGUUGGACAGUUUAAGCUUAUAGAAUAUGCAGGUUAACACCACUGAAGUUUUUUGUUCCUUUCCUUGUAGAAGAGAUAAAACCUCAACAAAUACAGUCAAACUUGGAUAUAACGAAGUCCUAGAGAUAUAACGAAUUGUCAGGAUAUAGCAAACUGUGAGGGACAGCUUCGUUAUAUCCAGUUUACUACAUGUCUGGUUUUCUUCAUUUGAAUGACCAAAAUGAAUUCAGAUAACUUCUAUAUAAGCAGUGAUUUGUUAUAGCUGGGUCCGUUGUAUCCAUGUUUUUCUGUAGUGGUUGUGCAGGAGUAGAAUGAUGUGUAUUGGAGUGAUCUAGAACAGUCUGGCAGUAGCUGCAAUGUUUUGAUACACUUUGAUGAUUUUGACUGUUAUUACAUGUAGAAUGGACCAUGUGCAAUGUUAGAAUUCAGUCUCGCUGUAUGAAUUCAGAAAUCUCAUUAAUUUGUCCAUAUUGCAUGUAGUGGUUAUUGUACUUAUUGUUAGAGAGUAAAUCAGUAUUGAAUGAUGUAAUGGAUACUAAUUACAUUGAUCAAUAAAAUUGUAUAAUGAA